AUGGUAAACAAGGUCGUUGAUGAGAUCCAGCGGUUGGUGAGUGCAGUAAUUCUGACUUCGUUUAUGACGGGGUUAUUCGUGUUGUCACUAUGGAAAAAUUACGUGACAGUCCAUUUCCAACACAAGAACGAUCCAAGAGAUACCAGAAGUUCAAGAACAAAGAUUCAGCCAAACGACAAGAAGAAGAAACGGUCAGCACGCCACUCCAGGCCCUUGUCUAUAUCCUCUGCGACACCUUUAGAUUUACGAAGGGAUCAGGAGAACAAUAUCGAAUAUGACCGUACUGUGACCAGCAAGCUGUCCAUGACUAGUAACACCUCUUUAUCGGAGGAUGGUGACGGUAAUAAUAGUAUUAAAUUAGAAGCGAAUGUGAGCCAAGCUCCUUAUGCUGCGGAGAAUCCGUUCCAGAAUAUUGCACUUGCCGAGGAUACCAGGCUGAUACCUGAUUUGAAGUACUAUUAUAAAGAGUACGGUAUUGAUAUUGAAGAAUUUGAAGUGGAAACUGACGAUGGUUUUAUCAUUGAUUUAUGGCACUUCAAGUCCAGAUUAAGCGAUAGUGUAGAGGAAGUGAAACGUGAACCUAUUUUGUUAUUGCAUGGUCUUUUACAAAGCUGCGGCGCUUUUGCAUCUUCAGGUAGAAAAUCCUUGGCAUAUUUUCUUUAUGAAUCCGGAUAUGAUAUUUGGUUGGGUAAUAACAGAUGUGGAUUGAAUGCUAAGUGGAACAUGAAAAAACUAGGCAACGAUCACUCCAAGAAAUGGGAUUGGGAUAUGGACCAGAUGGUUCAGUACGAUUUAAAAGCACUUAUAACCUAUGUUUUGGAUACUACCGGAUAUGCUAAAUUAUCUCUCGUGGCGCAUUCACAAGGUACAACGCAAGGAUUCAUGGGACUUGUCAAUGGCGAGAAAUUAUACGCAAGUGAUUUUAAGUUAGUAGAUAAGCUAGAAAAUUUCGUUGCCUUGGCACCUGCAGUUUACCCCGGACCUUUACUGGAUGAAAAAGCAUUCGUAAGGCUAAUGGCAAAAGGUAUUGAUUCUCCGUGGUACUUUGGGAGAAGAUCGUUCAUACCUCUGAUGAUGACAAUGAGGAAGCUGAUGGUUGGUACCAAGAUUUUUUCUUUUCUUUCAUACAUCAUGUUCAACUAUUUAUUUGAUUGGAAUGAUGCUUUAUGGGAUAGAAUUCUAAGAGACCGAAAUUUUUUGUUUUCGCCUGUUCAUAUUUCAGUCAAAUUAAUGCAAUGGUGGUUGUCGCCUCUUCCUAACAAGCUAAGUUUUAAGAAGGGUGCAGACAAAAUUUUUCCCGAUAAGAAAACAUGGUUUCCCAUUGCCAAGAAUGAUGAUGACAGCGGCACUAAUUUGAGUAACGACAACCUACAUUUAAAUUCAAAAAGACAAUGUAGUGAUGAUUUUCCACAUAUCAUAAUGUUUAUUCCAAAGCAGGAUAGAUUAGUGGAUGGUGAACGACUGAUCAAUCAUUUCAUUAAUCAUGAAGCAAAUGCAGUGUACAAAAUCUGGUACAUUGAUGAGUAUUCCCAUCUGGACGUUUUAUGGGCACAUGAUGUUAUUGAUAGAAUUGGAAAGCCAAUGAUAGAAAAUUUGAGAUCUCCUAAUGCAAAGUGA